AUGCGGCAGGCCUGGACGCAGCGGCGCCGAGGGGGGGAGGGAAAGCAGAGGAGGGAGGAGGAGAGGAGGCGAGUUCAGCUGCGCGGCAAGGCGGCCCUGGGCAAGAGAGCGACCUUCGGGGCGCGCGGCUCCCCAGGGGGGGGAGGGGGCCGCGGGAGGACCAGGCCCGCGCGCGCGCAGGCCACUGCUGGGCGGACCCGCGUGGGCCUGCGGCCAGGGUCGGGCCACGAGAGAGGCCGCUCCGGCGCAGGCCCGCCCCUGCGCGCGGCCGAGGAGGGCGGCCCGGCCCGGCAGGGCAGGCCACCGAGGCUGCCGGGAGAGGAGGAGGAAGAGGAGGAGGAAGAGGAGGAGGAGAGAGCUCCCCGAGAGAGCGCGCCCGCGCGAAGCUGCUCGCAACCCGCCGUGGGAGGGCAUCCGCGGCUGGGCGCCGGGGGGCAAAAACACAGAGAUCCAACGCUUUGA